GCUGGGCGUGGCAUGAUCAAGCAGCCCGAGAAUGAGGGAUCUGGUGGGUGGCCUCGGACCAGGAAACUGCUGGACCUGGCCUUGAGGGGCCAGGGAGCCUUGUUUGAAGGCCACUGUGAGGAGUCAUGAGGACCUCGACUACUUUAAUGACUGUGGGCAUUUUUUAAAAGUUGGACAAAAAGAGAUUGAAAGUGAAGAAACGAAAGGACUUCAUAACAAACUUGAGAGGGGCAGAAUCAAAAUAAUUAUAGAGUCAGUCACAGAUGAUGGAGGAGGGCUUGAAGCAGGGGUAAGCCUUGUGCUUUUUGGACUAAAGCUCUUGUCCUAAGCCCCAUUCGUCUAUACUAUAACGAACCAGCCAGUGCUGUAAUCAAAGUAUGCAAAGUCCCAGGGUUUACCGGAACAGAAAGUGAAACAAAAGUAAAUUCCCCUUCAUUCAAAUCUGCAACAGCGUGGAUUAAGCACGAUGUCCUCAAGUUCAUUCCAUGUUCUUGCAAUUGGCAGGCUUUUCUUCUUUCUCGUGGCUGAAUAACAUCUUAUUGCAGUAACUAUUUGGACAAUUAAUUCUGAAGAGCUUGCUAAUGAUAAAAAGGAAGAGAAAGGAAGCCAUUCAUGGACUGAGUCGGAGCUGGGAGGAGAUCAAAUCCAUUUAUUGAAAUGUAUUGUUCAGCUCCUGUGUGACGUAACUGGAGCUAGUACAGUGCUAUAGCGAAUUACGAGACUUAGCCUGGAUAUUAGUUUGUGUUCUAGAGACUAGAUUUAGUAUCCAUUCUUCUGCAAUGGCUAAUCCAUGGAGAAAACUGAUAUUUAAUAUUUAUAUGGGAUUUUACUGCUCAACCAUCAUGCCCCAAAUGUACAUUUGUUCUCAAUUUUCAAUGUCAUCUAUUGAUCCAUUCAAUAAUGACCCUGGGGCAUUCCCCGGAGCCACCAAUGGGGAACCAUUUCCUUGGAACCAGCUAAGGCUCCCCAGCACGGUCAUUCCCCUCCACUAUGACCUUCUGAUCCAUCCAAAUCUCACCUCCCUGGACUUUGUUGGUUCUGAGAAGAUUGAAGUCUUGGUCAGAGAUGCCACCCAAUUUAUCAUCUUGCACAGCAAAGACCUUGAAAUCAUGAACGUCGUCCUUCAAUCAGAGGAAGAUUUGAGAUACGGGAAACCAGGAAAAAGGCUGAAUGUUUUGAAUUAUCCUGCUCAUCAACAAAUUGCACUGUUGGCUCCAGAGAAACUUAUGGCUGAUUUGAGAUACUCUGUGGCUAUCGACUUCCAGGCCAAGUUAGCCAAUGGUUUUGAAGGGUUUUAUAAAAGCACAUACAGAACUCGUGGUGGUAAAACAAGAAUAAUUGCAGUAACGGAUUUUGAGCCAACUGAAGCACGCAUGGCCUUCCCUUGCUUUGAUGAACCAGGGUUUAAAGCCAACUUUUCUAUCAAGAUAAGAAGAGAAAGUGGAUACGUUGCACUCUCCAACAUGCCAAAGGUUAAGACAAUUGAACUUGAAGGAGGCCUCUUAGAAGAUCAUUUUGAAACUACGGUGAAAAUGAGUACAUACCUUGUAGCUUACAUAGUUUGUGAUUUCAAUUCUGUGAGCGGCACCACCUCCUCAGGGGUCAAGGUAUCUGUCUAUGCAUCCCCAGACAAAUGGAGUCAAACACAUUAUGCUUUGGAAGCAUCACUAAAGCUACUUGAUUUUUAUGAAAAUUACUUUGAUAUCAACUAUCCACUCCCCAAACUGGAUCUAAUUGCCAUUCCUGACUUUGAAUCUGGAGCCAUGGAAAAUUGGGGCCUCAUCACAUAUAAAGAGACAGCACUGCUCUUUGAUAUUAAGACUUCUGCUUCUGAUAAACUAUGGGUCACCAAAGUCAUAGCCCAUGAACUAGCACACCAGUGGUUUGGCAACCUGGUUACAAUGGAAUGGUGGAAUGAUAUUUGGCUCAAUGAAGGUUUUGCAACAUACAUGGAACUCAUCUCUGUUAAUGCCACGUAUCCAGAGCUACAAUCUGAUGAUGUUUUUUUGGACGUGUGUUUUGCAGUAAUUAAAAAAGAUUCAUUAAAUUCAUCCCGUCCUAUCUCCAAUCAAGCAGAAACUCCUACUCAGAUAGAGGAAAUGUUUGAUGCAGUCUCCUAUAACAAGGGAGCUUGUAUUUUGAAUAUGCUCAAGGAUUUUCUGAAUGAGGAGAAAUUCCACAAAGGAAUUAUUCACUACUUAAAGACAUUCAGUUAUGGAAAUGCUAAAAAUGAUGAUUUGUGGAGCAGUCUGUCAAAUAGUUGUCUAGGUGAUUUUACAUCUGGUGAAUUUUGUUAUUCUGAUUCCAAGAUGACAAGCAAUACACUCACCUUCCUGGGGGAAAACGUGGAGGUCAAGGAGAUGAUGACGACAUGGACUACGCAGAAAGGAAUUCCCCUGGUGGUGAUCACGCGAGAAGGGCGUUCGCUCAGGCUGCAGCAGGAGCGCUUCCUGAGCGGGGUCUUCAAAGAGGACCCUGAAUGGAGGGCCCUGCAGGAAAGGUACCUCUGGCAUAUUCCAUUGACCUACUCCACGAGUGCUUCUAAUGUAGUUCAUAGACACGUUCUAAAGUCAAGGACAGAUACUCUGGAAUUAUCUGAAAAGAUCAGUUGGGUAAAAUUCAAUGUGGACUCAAAUGGCUACUACAUUGUUCACUACGAGGGGCAUGGAUGGGACCAACUUAUUACACAGCUGAAUCAGAACCACACACUUCUCAGACCUAAGGACAGAGUAGGUCUUAUUCAUGAUGCAUUUCAGCUAGUAAGUGCAGGAAGGUUGACCCUAGACAAAGCCCUUGAUCUGACUCGCUAUCUCCAACAUGAAGCAAACAUCCCCGCACUUCUCAAAGGUCUGGAAUACUUAGAAUUGUUUUACCAUAUAAUGGAGAGAAGGAAUGUUUCAGAUGUCACAGAAAACCUCAAGCAUUACAUUCUCAGGUAUUUUAAGCCAGUGAUUGACACACAAAGCUGGAGUGAUAAGGGCUCUGUCCAGGACAGGAUGCUUCGAUCGACCAUCUUAAAACUGGCCUGUUACCUGAACCAUCCUCCUUGCAUCCAGAAGGCAACUGAACUCUUCUCUCAGUGGAUGGAAUCCAGUGGAAAAUUAAACAUUCCAUCGGAUGUUUUAAAGAUUGUGUAUUCUGUGGGUGCUCAGACAACAGUAGGAUGGAAUUACCUUUUGGAGCAAUAUGGACUGUCAGUGUCAGGUGCUGAAAAAGAGAAAAUUCUGUAUGCAUUGUCAACCAGCAAACAUCAGGAAAAGUUAAUGAAAUUAAUCGAACUAGGAAUGGAAGGAGAAGUCAUCAAGACACAGGAGUUGUCCUCUCUUCUUUAUACCAUCGCCAUAAAUCCAAAGGGGCAGCAGUUAGCCUGGAAUUUUUUAAGAGAAAAUUGGACCCAUCUCCUAAGAAAAUUUGACUUGGGCUCAUAUGCCAUGAGAGUGAUUGUCUUUGGCACAACAUCUCACUUCUCUUCCAAGGAUGAGUUGCAAGAGGUGAAACUGUUCUUUGACUCUCUUAAGACCCAAGGAUUACAUCUGGAUAUUUUUCAAACUAUUUUGGAAACCAUAUCCAAAAAUAUUAAAUGGUUGGAGAAGAAUCUUCCCACUCUGAGGACUUGGCUACUGGUUAGUUCUUAAAUGGUUGGUAGAAGGAGCACAUCAGAUGUCGGCAUGAAGUCAACAAAGCUCAAGUCAAAGUUCCGGAUAUUUGAUCUAAACCACGAAGAAGCCUCGAGAAACCCGCCAGUGCAGCUGGCAGCUCUCAGAUGUUGUCUCUAGCUGACAGAUGUAUGAUGUUGAGGCGGGGGAGUCCAGUUCAGUAGCCUAUUUAAAUGUAAACUUGCUGAAUAAUGGAGAUGUGAAUGUAGAUAGAUAGGCAUAGCUGUAACAGAUAGCCAUACCGCACACUGGCUACAUUGCCUUACAGCACGCGACCUUUUUGCUUUUUUGAUGCUUUUUCUAACCUUGCUUAGUAUCCUGCAGCUUGCCCGGCCAGUUUUACCUUCAAGGAAACAUAGCCCAUUCUUUUUAAAAAAAUCUUUCAUUUGCAUCCUUUCAUCUCCUCCCUCUCUUCUUUCAUCUCAGCCUGAAUAGUUCAUUUAAUUUUUACCAUUCAUGGAAAAUCUGAAUCAAAUUAUGAAAUAUAAGAAUCAGGAAAGUGGAGAAUUUGUCACGAAAUCUCAGAUUAUUAGAAACUAGGUGUCAGGGUUUACCCACAAACCCAGGAGGGCUGCCUGGCUUGAGCCUCAUAUUCAUAAAGAGCCUCAAGGAUAGCCUUCUGAGGUCAUCUCCACGGGCGGUAAAAUUGUAGUCACAGGAGAGGAGAGAGAGAUGAUACCUCACCACUUUAAACCAUACACUAUCCCAUUUUUAAUAUAUCCUUUGAAAAUGGCAAAAUUAGGUUGUAUUGCAUAUAUUUCCAGUUAACUCAUGGUUUAAUGUAAAUAUUUAAAUGAAUCAUCAUAUUUUCUAACCCAGCUUUAGCUCUUCUUCAUAGUUUUAAGAGAAACUCCUGAUCUCUGAAACACUUUUCUAGAUGCUUCUCUUACGUGUUUUAUUAAUAAGGCAUUUGGAAUGAGUAAAGAAACCACCACUCUAAAUACAAGUUGUAAAUUUCAUAAAUUCAUGUGCCCACAUAUGAAUCGGUAUGAAGGUAUAAACAUGCUCUAGAAAAAUCUAAUCAAUACAUAGGUGAUUAACUUAUCUGUGCUAUUAAGGGAAGCUGAUAUUGGGGCAGGGGUAAGGUGGGAAGGGUGUUAACCAAUCCAUUUUGGAGUGAUACCUUGAGGGUUUACAGAUCUUUCUUUGGUGCCACAGUCAGAGACAGGGUACUUUGGAUGGACCAUGGCCAUGACCCAAUACACAUUUUUUUAAGUUUGUUUUCAAAUAAUUUCUUGGAAUCUUUGAAGCAUCUUUGACUCUAGAUUUGACCUGGUCGUGGUCCUACCAAGGUCUGUGUGACAUGUGAUAACCCUCUGGAAUUGUAUGUACUUUCAAAUAAAGAAACUGAAAGAGUAAA